CGUUGUGCUGUUUAGUCACAAUGAAAUAAUAAUCCGUUUAAUAUUAAUUGUUUUAUUGUGAUUUAUUAAUGUGACAUGUAUAUAUUAUUGAUACGUGAUCUGACAGCGUGUUCGUAAUGGCCGAUAAUACCACUCCUUUGCCCAGGCGGCGUCAAUUGAGAGAGCGGACAAGAAAAUUAUAUACUGAUGAUUUCACAUAUGGUGAUGAAGAAAUCGAGGGUAAAAGAACUUUUAAACUUGAUGAAAAAAUCGAAUGUGAAAGAUAUGACCUCAAAAAUUUUUCGGGACUUUUUCGUGAAAUGACUGGACCAGAACUUAAUCUUGCUUAUGUACAAAAAAAUGGUUUAAAUAUUCCAUUACUAUUUAGAGACAGUUCUGGACUUGGUUUAAGAGUACCGAGUUCUAAUUUUUCUAUUAAUGAUGUUAGAACUUGCGUUGGAUCAAAGAGAAUAUUGGAAGUUAUGGACGUGGAUACACAAAAAAAUGAAGAGAUGACAAUGAAAGAUUGGCAAAAAUAUUAUGAAGAUCCUGAAAAAGAGAGAUUACUUAAUGUAAUAUCAUUAGAAUUUAGUCAUACUAAGCUAGAAAAUUAUGUUCAAUCUCCAACAAUAGUUAGACGAUUAGAUUGGGUAGAUACAGUGUGGCCGCAGCAUUUAAUCGAAGCCCAGACAGAGUCAACAAACGUUUUGGGGGAUAUGAUGUAUCCAAAAGUUAAAUUAUAUUGUUUAAUGUCGGUAAAAGGUUGCUAUACCGAUUUUCACGUUGACUUUGGUGGAACAAGUGUCUGGUAUCAUAUACUCAGAGGAAAAAAAGUAUUUUGGUUGAUUCCGCCAACGGAAAAAAAUUUAGAUUCAUAUCAAGAGUGGGUUCUCAGUGGCAAGCAAUCAGACGUAUUUUUUGGUGAUAUGGUCGAUCGUUGUGGUCGUGUUUGUCUUGAAGCUGGUAUGACUCUUUUUAUUCCGACUGGUUGGAUUCACGCUGUUUAUACGCCUGCAGAUUCUUUAGUAUUUGGUGGCAAUUUCUUACAUAGUUUUGGAAUAGAAAAACAACUUAAAGUAGCUCAAGUUGAGGAACACACUAAAGUACCUCAGAAAUAUCGUUAUCCAUUUUUUACGGAAAUGCUUUGGUACGUGUUAGAACGCUAUGUUCACGUGCUAUUGGGUCGUAGUCAUUUGGACGUUCCUGAAGCUCAUCGUCAACACUCUUGGUAUCGUUUAUCACCGCCGCAAUAUCAUCAACAUCUUACACCGUAUGAAUUACAUGGAUUAAAAUCAAUAGUUAUGUAUUUACACUCGUUACCGUCAACUAAAAAAAAUGUACCAGAGUUAAUUCGCGAUCCUGUUGCUUUGAUACAUGACGUAAGAGGGCUUGUUGAACAACACAGACAUGAUAAUCCUGAUGCUGCUAUUACAGGGCGUCCAAUUUUACCAGCGCCACCACCUCUGAGCAUCGCCGAACGAGAAUUCCUUAAAGUACCUAAAAAACAGUCUCCAAAAAUUCAAAAAUCUGAAACAAAGUCAUUGCCACGAAGACGACGUACGAGAUGUAAAAAAUGUGAAGCAUGUACACGACAAGACUGUGGAGAAUGCGUUUAUUGUCAGGAUAUGGUUAAAUUCGGUGGAAGUGGACGAGCUAAACAGACUUGUAUCACUCGACAAUGUUUGAGGCCUAUGUUACCCGUAACUGCGGCUUGUAAAAUUUGUAAACUUGAUGGAUGGGGACAACAACCAGCACCAUUAAUGGGUAAACCAAUAUCCGGAGUACCAUCAAGUCUGAUGGAAUGUUCUAUUUGUUUUGAUAUCGCUCAUCCCGAGUGUCUUGGAGUUGAGUUACAAAAAGUAGUGGUAAGUGAAGACGUUCCUAAUAGCUGGGAAUGCCCGUCUUGUCUUCAGAGUGGCCGGAAUCUGGAUCAUAGACCACGUCAAGUAAAAGCGCGAAUUCGUAAAGUAUCUGUGUCGAGUGCAGCCUCAUCAGCUCCUACAACUGACUCUGAAAGAGCUACCACUCCGAGUAAAAGAGCAAGACCAGAGCCUACUGAGACGUGGAAUGACCGAGAGCCUGCUGAAGGUGAUCAACGAUCAGCUUUGAGGACUCAGUUAGCAGCACAGUUGAUUGGUUCCAGUAAUAAAUCUUUGAAGAAACCUUACGUCGUUGUUAGACCCGUCCAAUUACCAUUUGUUCAACGUUCUGAACACAAUGGCCAGUGGUCAGCUACAUACGAUCGAGAAGUACUUCUUGCUAUAUUUAAAUAUUUGAACCCAAAAGAUUUAGCGACUUGUGCUUUAGUCUGUCGUUCUUGGGCGCGAUACAGUAUUGACCCAAUUCUUUGGCGGCGUAUGAAUUUAACACGGACACAUCUUACUGCCGCACACUUAACUGGUAUUGUUAGAAGACAACCGGAGAGUUUAUGUUUAGACUGGACCAAUAUCGCGAAAAGACAAUUAGCUUGGCUGUUAGGUAGACUUUCUCAACUUCGUCAUCUAUCAUUGCAAGGCUGCAAUUGGGCCACUGGAGUUUGCGCGCUAAAAACUUGCACAUGCCCACCAUUAAUAACUUUAGAUCUCAGUUUUGUUUCUGGACUUAAUGAUUCAAGUGUCAGAGAAGUCCUAAGUCCGCCAGCAGAUUCUCGACCUGGAUUGAUAGACAAAACUUCAAGGUUGAAACAUUUAAAAAGUUUGUCUCUUGCUGGCUGUAAUAUAACGGAUGUGGCAUUGAGAUAUAUUGCUCAACAUCUUCCUCAUUUAGAAUCUCUCGAUUUAUCAUCGUGUGGUAGAGUUACCGACGCUGGUGUCGCCCAAAUAGCGACUCCUCCUGCACAAGCCAUCAAUAAUCUUGUUUCACUUAAUUUAUCGGAGUGUCGUCUACUUACGGAAACUACAUUAGAACAUUUAACUAGAUGUAAAGCUAUCAAACGGCUUGAUCUAAGACAUACAACUCAAGUAUCAACUCAAAGUGUUAUUAAGUUUGCUGCAAGAAGUAUACAUAAUUUACAUGUUACUGAUGUUAAACUUGUUGAAGAAAAAAAAAUAAAAGAUAAACCGAGAGAACGUGAGGUAUAUAAAUAAAAAUAAUAAUAUCUGUUAUGUCGUACCUGGAAUAAUUAUCAAUCUACCAUAAAUAAAAUAAAGUCAGCAAUAAAUGCUUGUAUUUUUCUCUAAAGAAUUAUUAUUAUUAUUUUUCAUUUGCAAGUGCCGUUAUUUAUUUUAUAUUUAUCACAUUUUUAUUGGGCGUGUGCGAAUCGUGAUCGAAUUAUCUGAGUUUUUUAAUUAUUUGUAACUUUUCAAAUUACUUGACUCGAAUCAAUAAUAUUAUGAUUAGCUUUCGAAUAUUCUAGUUUCAUUUAAUAGGUGAGCUUACAUGGAGAAAUUAUUCUUGUUGGAAAUCCUAUGGCGCCAUUGUUAAGUGGGGCAUGGUGGUCAUAGCCAUCGUAAAAUUUUCAAUGGUUACAGUGAUUCGUAAUAUGAUCGCUGUCAAUUUUAUUGUGGCGGUAAUAAUUUUUGCAAUAUGAUUAUUUGAAUUUCUACAGAUGGCCGACAUGGCCCGGUUUUAUUAUGACACCAUAGUAUUUGAAACAAGAAUAAUUUCCGCGUGGAGUUCAUUAAGGGAAAAGCAGUUUGAGAUACAAAAAAAAGAGCUUAUUUUUGUAAUUUUUUUUCAGAGAACUUUUGUUAUUAAAAUUCUUAAAAUUUGCGACAUUAUCAAGCAUCAUUUCAAGAAUAUUCUGCUAAAUUUUCAUAAAAAAAUAUUGAAAAAUAAGCCAGUGGUAGUGGGUAGAGACGAGUCACCUUAGAAACAAAAUUUCUAUGCUGUAGGCAGGAUAACUCAUGAAUGCUUCAUCUGAAAUCAAAAAACUAAAAAUAUUUCUUUAGUACAUAAGUUUAUCUUGGAUUUGAACGAAGAAAUAAACAAAAUAUUCAUUUUUGAAUUUUUGGUAAAGGUGCAAUCAAAAAACUCUGAUUUUUGCCAAAAAUUAUUCCUCUUGUUUAAUUAAAAAAUAAGUAGUUAUUGAAAAAAAAAUCCUUCGUUCAAAUCUUAGAUAAACUUAUAUAUUAAAGAAAUCUUUUUGGUUUUUUGAAUUUAGAUGAAGCAGUCAUAAGUUAUCUUGCCUACGGCAUGAAGACUUUUUUAAGGUGACUCGUCUCUCCCCACUAUGACUGGCUCAUUUUUCAAUAUUUUUUUAUGAAAAUGAAGCAGAAUAUUCUUGGAAUGAUGCUUAAUAAUGUCAUAAAUUUUAAGAAUUUUAAUAAAGAAGGUACUCUGAAAAAAAAAAUCACAAAAAUAUCUUUUUUUUUUUUUUGUAUCUCAGGCCUCUUUCCUCCCUUAAAGUAAUCAAAAGUAUUGAUCUCGUAGAUUCGAGUCUGAGCUCUUACCUCCGACAAAAAUUUGAAUUAUUGUAAGAAAUAUCACAGCAUAAAAUCGUUCAAAAAUAAAUUUUUGAAGCCAAAAAUUUCCGAAUAAUUCAAAUUUAUAAUAAAGUUAUCGUUUAGUUCGAUUCAAUUCGAGAUGAAUAAUUUAUAAGUUCAAACUAUACGCACACCCCUAAUUUUUACAUUUUAUUAAUUAUCAAACAGUUUAUAGUAACGUGCAAUUUCCGAAUAACUCAUACAUUUUAAUCUUUAUUAAUUUACAAUUUCAUUAUUCAUUUGUAAUUCACAUUAAUUAAGUUAUUGUCUUCCUAAAAAAUUGAAUUAUUUUAUUUUAUUCAAAAUACGUAUUAAUACUGAGACAAGUAUUAAAAUUCAAUUAAACAAUUUUCAUAUAAUUAUGAAGAAAGUGAUCUAAAAUUCUUGGCGGAUAUUAUGUGUUAUUUAUUUUAUUUAGUUUAAUUAUUAUUUGUAAUAUAAUUAAAUAGUUAAUAUAAUUUAGUCUUUUUAGUUCUACGAUAAUUAAACUUCUUUUUUUUAGAGACAAAUUGUGAAUAAUUAAUGCGCGAUAAUAAUUAAAUACAAAAGUAUAUUAUAAUGAAGUGAUGAAAGAAAAAAAUUGAAUUUUGCUGAUGGUACAAUUAUUGUAUAUAAAUUGUGUAUUAAAAAAAAAUCACGUUCUUGAAAGCUCAUUAUCACUCAUCUACACUUUUCAUUAAAUGUUUAUUUUUUAAUUUAAUAAUUAAAGUUAUUUUGAUUAAUAUCUUUAUAAUUAAUGUUUACGUUUUAUUUAUAAAUUGCAACAAAUUAGUUUUUAUAAAAGUGAUUUAGAUGUAAAUAACAAUUAAAUCGCUAUCUUUAAUAAUUAAAUUUAUAACAUCACAUUGUUUGUGUCAAAUAAACUCAUUACUUAUAUUAUUUAAAAUUAACGAUACAAUAAUACUUAAAAUUAUUAAUGUACAUGUAUAGUAUUUAAUUUUAUUGAUAAUCAUUAAUUUAUGUAGUUUAAGAAAGAAAAUUUAUACAUUAAGUCAUGUGCAUGAUAUUCUGGAAAUUUUCAUGCUGAUCUAAAAAAAAAGACACACUAUUUAUUAUAUGUAAAAAUCAUGUGACAAUGCCAUUAAAAACACUAUCAUUUUUUUACAUCACAUUACCGCUGGAUAGUAAAAGAAAACAAUAAAUUUUAUUUUUAUUCUGCAUUAAAAUUGACAAAAUUUUUGAUUAAUUAAAUUAUAUAUAGCUUGUAUAAUUAAGUAAUCGUUUAAUUUUAUACAGCUUGUAAUUCGA